AUUCCACCAGGAGGGAACAUUUAUUUUAAAAUAUAAAUAAUAUUAACGCAACAUCAGCAGCUCCACCGUAAACGGAAGUUGCGUCACUUCCUCGUUUGUGGCUCUGACGUGUCUGAGCGUGAGGCUUCAUUCUGACGGCACGUUAAGUCAGUAUCGGGUUCACUGGUGUUUGGCAGAGAUGCUGGACUUCUUCGCCAUCUUUAGUAAAGGCGGGAUCGUGUUGUGGUGCUUCCAGGGAGCCGGAGUCACCGAACCCUUCAGCGGAGCCAUCAACGCGCUCCUCCGCUCCGUCAUCCUGCAGGAGAGGAGUGGGAAUAACUCCUUCACCCACAAUGCCCUCAGUCUCAAAUACAAGCUGGACAAUGAGUUCGAGCUUGUGUUUGUAGUGGGUUUUCAAAAGAUCCUGACGCUGACGUAUGUGGACAAGUUCAUAGAUGAUGUCCAGCUGCACUUCAGAGAUCGAUACAAGAAUGAGCUGGAGAAGAGAGGCGCACUAAAGUUUCUGCUCAAUCAUUUUGAAUUUGGAGAUGACUUCCACAUACUUCUGCGAGAGGCAGAGGGCAGCAGCAAAGCCAAGGCCCCCGUCUCUAUGAGGACUUUCAAUGAGUCCCAGAAAUCCCAGAAAACUGUGAAGUCUAUGAUUGAGACAAAAGAUGGAGACAAAAGCAAGGAGCAAGUAGGCAAGAAAAGUAAAAAUGCCAAAAAGGAAGGUGAGAAAUCUGAAUCAGGAGGGGAUCAGGCUAAAGCUGCCUCGAAGAAAGCUGUGGAGAAUGGAAACGAGGGCCUGACCCAAGAGGAGAUUAUCGAGAGGAACCGUGCCAAGUUCAUCAGUAAGCAGCUGGGUGGAGGAAAGCCAGAGAAGUCCAGUAAGUCCCCUAAACCCCAGAAGCCAAAGGGGAAGGUGAACCGGGUGUGGGAUAUGAGCGGGAAGAGGAUUGCAGAGCUGGAUUACAGUGGAACCAAUGGAGACUCCAGUGAUGCACAGAACCAAGACCCCGAUGCCACAGCUGAACCGCUGAUCCAGGUGGAUUCGAUGAAGGGUGACCUGCGAGGUGUCGAUUAUGAGUCCUCAGAUGAUGAAGAUGAAGAAGUGCAAGAGGAGGACAAGGUUGUGGUGGCAGACACUAACAAGAAAGGAGGCAAAAAGGGUGGUUUCGGGGGAAUGUUUGGGAUGCUGAAAGGCCUGGUGGGAGCUAAAAAUCUGACUCAGGAGGACAUGGAGCCAGUCCUGGACAAGAUGAAGGAUCACCUCAUCGCCAAGAAUGUAGCCGCUGAAAUUGCCUCGCAGCUCUGUAACUCUGUGGCCAAGAAGCUGGAAGGCAAAGUCAUGGGCACCUUCACCACUGUGGCCUCUACAGUAAAGCAGGCUCUGCAGGACUCUCUGGUGCAGAUCCUGCAGCCCAAGCGGCGCGUGGACAUCUUGAGAGACGUGCUAGAGGCUCGUUCUCAGCGCAAACCCUUCGUCAUCACCUUCUGUGGGGUGAACGGUGUCGGCAAGUCCACCAACCUCGCCAAGAUCUCUUAUUGGCUGAUCGAGAACGGCUUCACGGUGCUCAUCGCGGCCUGUGACACGUUCCGUGCGGGUGCCGUGGAGCAGCUGAGGACUCAUCAGCGCCGUCUGAACUCUCUGCACCCCCCCGAGAAGCACGGAGGGCAGCCGGCCAUACAGCUCUUCGAGAAGGGCUACGGCAAGGACGCUGCUGGGAUCGCCAUGGAAGCUAUCGCCUUUGCUCGUAACCAGGGCUUUGACGUGGUGCUGAUCGAUACCGCCGGCCGUAUGCAGGAUAACGCCCCUCUGAUGACGGCUCUGGCGAAGCUGAUCGCGGUCAACACUCCAGACCUGGUGCUGUUUGUGGGAGAAGCGCUGGUGGGGAAUGAGGCUGUGGAUCAGCUGGUUAAAUUUAAUCAAGCGCUGGCUGAUCAUUCCAAGACUGACAAACCCAGGCUCAUCGACGGCAUCGUUCUCACCAAGUUUGACACCAUUGAUGACAAGGUGGGCGCUGCCAUCUCCAUGACCUACAUCACCGGUCAGCCCAUCGUGUUUGUGGGCACCGGGCAGACGUACAGUGAUCUGCGCAGCCUCAACGCCAGGGCUGUGGUCAGCGCGCUCAUGAAGGCCUGAGAUACACCACCCACAUCACCUUCCUCUGCUGCUCCAGCGACGGUUUCGCUUAAGCUAGAUAUGAGACCCUCUCAGCUUCCUGUGAAUGCAGACAUGCUUUUCCUACAGGUUUAACUGAAAUUCAGUUCUUAUUUAGGAUCCUCCUUUGUGUUUUGUUCCAGGAAAAAAAAAUAGUGUUUCAGUUUAAUGAGUGGAAGGAAUAUCAUUUGACUUGAUCUCACCUCAGCAACCAUUUUUGAUUGACAUGCAACACAGCCAAUCAGACAGCAUUGGUUUGGUUUUCAUUUAUGUAAUGAGAACAACUGUUCUCUACGAUCAAUUGUUCUUGUACUUUCUGCCCACCCCCCCAAAAAAGAUGGACUGAGGUGUUACUCAAAUGUUAUAAAAGAUAUAUAAUAUAUUCUAAAUGUAUUUUGUCUGCUUUUUGAUUAGUGUAGGUCAUUCAGAUGAUGGCCUGCAACCCAAACGGUCUCGUGAAAUCAAUACCAUAGUGCCUCAAAACAAGUUAGCCGUUGUUCCCAAAACAAUUCUGUGCAAACGCUGCCUUUUCUCACUCAGGCUUUCCAUGUCUCUGGAAAUGAAAAGUAUUGUUAGGUUUUGUAUGGUUGGUGCUUGAGGUUUAAAGACGCCUCAGCAAAGAGUUGUAAAAUGCUGCGUAUACCAAACUGUCUGAAGCCCUGCGAAGUUACAUAUUUGUUUUAAUUCAUCAGUGACUGUCCUGCCACUCUUUUCUUUCAGAUCCCGUUUUCUUAAAACAAAUUCAGGUCUUAAUUCUCUUUCACCUUGUGUUAAUUAGCACUAGCACAGUGGCAAGACUGGACAGCUUCAUAGAGAACAUUUAUUGUAUUUUGAGAAUGUGUAAUAUUUCUUAAAUAAAAAUGCUACAAUAGCUUGUAAUGACA